AUAACAUCGAGAUUCAUAAUAUAUUGUACAGAAAGUUAGUAUCUGAGAAUGGUUAUCAUCAGACAUUCAGUAAACUUCAUUGGAUCAAAUAGUAAUUAUAUUGCGGGUACCCGGCAUACCUUGGUUCAAUUUCCCCCCCAAAAAAGGGAGAUAGAUGAAUCGAUAGCGCCGGUUCGAACGGGGUCAAUAGGUUUUUGUUUUUUAAAUCUAUUCAAAUGUAACAUGAUUACCGUAUCUAAAUUUAAAUCGUUCGAUUUUUGUGGCUUUCUGACUUAAACUGCAGCAUGUCUGUAGAAACGUAAAUUAACCGUGUGUUUUUAAAUGUGCAAUUUGAUUACACUGACUACAGGCCUCCGUUGAAACUCCGAGUUGCAUCAUUCAUCAAUUUACUAUCACGACAAAAAGCAAGGAUACACACAGAAUAAAAGGAAGGCCUGCGUGAACAGUGUUUUUGUGCUACCAUCAUCAUCAUCAUCAUCAUCAUCAUCAUCAGAGUAAGAGUUUUUCACAGAUAGGCUUAUAGAUGAUGGACGCAUUGUCUGUCGUGACCCAGCUGAGAGACUUGGCUUCAGAACCUCAAAAUAGAGAAGCUAUUGUUCAGGAUCAAGGGUGCCUUCCUGGUCUGGUUUUGUUCUUGGAUCAUCAAGAUUCACAAGUGCUGUUCUCUACAUUACAGGCUCUUCGGUAUCUAGCAGAAUGUCCUUCAAACAUAGCGAUAAUGAAACAUGAGCUUGGAAUGAUGGUGAGCUUGGAGCAUCUAAUGGAGCAGGGUGAAAUCAAUGAAGAAAUCGGUGUGUUAGCAAAGGAUGUAUACAACGUAUUAAAUUCCCCUGUUAACAACGUAGCUGUCGGGACUCCAGAAGCACCGAGAAGAAAAGCAAAGUCACAGUUUUUUAUUAACAGUUCAAACAAGAAGGCUAAGUCUGUCACUCUUGAAAUCCAAGGAUUGGAUAACACAGAUAACAGAGGUCUUUGUGAAGAAGCUUUGUUGAAAGUUAAGGGAGUAAUCAGCUUUACGUUCCAAAUGGCUCUCAAGAGAUGUACUGUGCGGAUUCGUUCUGAUCUGGCAACAGAGUCACUGGCAUCAGCUAUCGCAGCUACUAAAGUAUUAAAGGCACAACAGGUCGUGAAAAAUGAAACUGGAGAAGAGAUCUUAAUUGCACUUAACACUACAAAUACAGAAGUUCAGGAAAAUUCCAAUUUACCAGAUUAUCUGCCUGAAGAUGAGAGUCCAGAAAAAGAGGUUGGCAAAGCAGUUUCACGAACUGGAGCAAAACAGGAUGCCAAUGGAAGUUGGCUGAAUGCCGCUGCAAGCUUCCUUACCAAAACAUUUUAUUGGUGAAAUACGACAAGAACUUGUUUUUUUUGUUUUUUUCAGGUUUUGGUUUUAAAGGGGCCUGGUUAAAUUAACAGAUUAUUUAAAAGUGCUCCUAAGGAAACACACAAGUUCUAUUUGAAUCCACAGAAAAGGCUUGUCUUAAACACCAAGGAGCUUUUUGUUUUUCAUGUAAAAUCUCCCAUGCAGAAUACAAAGAUAUGAAAGGAUUAUUAAGAUUAUAGUCUUGCCCAACAGCUGAUGACAUUUUAUGAGAAUACUAACUGCUUUCUUUUACAAAGCUAUUUGCCAUUACAGUAUGGUGUGCUUAAAUACAGCAGAUUAUUUGCAAAACAGUAUUCACUGAGGAAUGUCUUCUAAUUAUCAGCAUGCUUGUCGAAGUUUUUUCUUGGUACGAUGGGCAUUUUCUCAUCUUUGUCCGUUAGUGUUUUUUUUAUUUUGUGGGAGUUCAUGCUGUAAUUUCAUUUCAUUAGGUUAUUUCAGUAGAUUGUAGUGUUGGUUUUUUUUUUUUUUUUUUUUUUUAUUUGAUCCUUUCUGUUGUGUCAAAAAGGGUAUUAUACAUUUCAUUAAAGCUUGAGUUUUAAAGAUUGAGAAAUAGUGCCACUUGAUAUUUUAGAACUAAAAGUCUACACUGGGUUAACAACGGGACUGGUGCACAGUGCUGGAAACUACCCAGUUUUUUUUUUUUUUUUUUUUUUUAUUUGAUCCUUUCUGUUGUGUCAAAAAGGGUAUUAUACAUUUCAUUAAAGCUUGAGUUUUAAAGAUUGAGAAAUAGUGCCACUUGAUAUUUUAGAACUAAAAGUCUACACUGGGUUAACAACGGGACUGGUGCACAGUGCUGGAAACUACCCAGUUUUUUUUUUUUUUUUUUUUUUUUUUUUUUUAUUUGAUCCUUUCUGUUGUGUCAAAAAGGGUAUUAUACAUUUCAUUAAAGCUUGAGUUUUAAAGAUUGAGAAAUAGUGCCACUUGAUAUUUUAGAACUAAAAGUCUACACUGGGUUAACAACGGGACUGGUGCACAGUGCUGGAAACUACCCAGUUUUUUUUUU